GCUAACAAUAAUGGCUGCGCCCAUGGAAUGAAAAUAUCACGUUUUUGAUAUUUACCUAAAUCGUUUCUCAUCUUGCCAACAGAUAAAAUGACGAAAAGAAAAAAGAAUAAAAUAAAAGACGCACCAAACUUAAAAAAGUUUCGUUCUGAAAUACAAACGUUGACUCGCUCUGAUCGUUUCUUUCCUAGACAAGGUCCAAAACAAACACGUAAACAAAAGAGAAAAGAAGCCAGGUUAGAAAAGAAAUCAAGAAAGGACGCUUAUUGUAGAAGAAUAGCAAUUCCUUCAAAGGAAGAAAUAGAAAAGGCUAAAAAUGAGGCGAUACAGCAACAGAAAGAAGAAGCCAAACUAAAGAAAAUGGAAGACAUGAAAAAGAAGAAAAAAGCACGGAAAGAAAGACAGAAACAACAGGAAAGAGAAUCCCAUGAAGAGCAGCGACGUGUAGAAAACAUGUGGGAUGACAAAGAGAUCAAAGAGUUGGAGAAAAAACUUGGACUUAAUAAAAGGAAGAAAAAAGAUACACUACCACUCUCCUUCAAAACGGAUGGACUAGACUAUAUUUUAGAUGUUGUAGAUACCGAGAAACUACAGGCAAUGACAAAGAUGGCAGAAGAGGAUGAAGAAGGCAAUGAAUUUGGUCUAAUGGGUGAUGAUGAUGAUGAUGAUGCUGAAGAUGUAAUCAACAGUGAUUAUGAUGAAGAUGAUGAUGAAGAUGAUGAUGAUGAUGGCAAUGAUGAUGAUGGCAAUGAAGUGGAAAAGGAUAAAACUGAUAAGAAUCUGUUGAGAUCUGAAGCUAAAACCAGUGAUAAAGUUGAAAGUGAAAUUAAAGGGAAGGAAAAAUGGGAAGAAUUAGCUGAUCGAAUAAAAAUAAUUGCAGAAAAGAAAGCAAAAUCAAAGAAAAAUGUUAGAUUUGCAGACUCUGAUGAACAUAAAGAGAAUGAUGAAGAUUCUGAUGCAGGAAGUGAAGAAAAUGAUUACAUUGACGAAAAUGAUGAUGAAAUUUUAGAUGAUAUUGAAAGUAAUGAUGAUGAAGAAAAUUAUCUUGAUGAUGAUGAUGAUGAUGAUGAAAUUAAUGAGGAUUUAAAUGAUACUGAUAAUCUUGAGUCAGAAAAUGUAGGAAAUAGUGAUGAUGAUGAUGAAAUUGAUGAUGAUGAUGAAAAUAGUGAUGAAAAUGAUGAUGAAGAUAGUGCUGAUGAUGACAAUGAAUUUGGAACCAAUAUAAAUUCAAACCAAACUGAGAAAAGAAAAUCCAAAGAUGACAUAGAUGAAUUGAAGGAGGAUAUAUAUGGUAGAUUACGAGAUUCUCAGGGUAACAUUAUCAGGGAUAACAAACCUGCUGGCGGGGACGGGGCAUAUGUUCCACCAGCCAAGAGGUUACAGAUGGCAGGAAGUGCGGACGAAAAGAAGAAAUUCAUGCUGGAGAGGCUGCAGAAACAGUUGAAAGGACUUGUAAAUAGUGCAAUACUGAAUUUUAAUGAACGAGGAAAGUGGAAAAAAUGCCCAAUCAGUAGAGAUAGAACAUUGUACUUAGCAACACGAGCAGACGUCAACGAAACUCUGGUUGAUUUGAUAUCAGACGCAUGUAUCACUCCAACGCUGACGCCUGAUAGACUUUCCAUGGAGUUGAUGAUGUUGGUGGCAAUAUUACAUGGGAACGUUGGAUCUGAAGUCGGAGCUGUUUUCCUGCAACAUUUUGCUAAAAGGUUUAACCUGUUGUUGAUGGAGGCGGAGUAUGGUUCUGGUAAACUGAUAGAUAAUAUAGUAGUGCUCGUGGCUCAUCUUUAUAACUUUAAGGUGGUUUAUAGUGUACUUAUAUUUGACAUCUUGAAGAAAUUAACAGAGAGUUUUCAAGAAAGAGAUAUUGAGAUAAUUCUACUGCUGCUUAGACAUGUUGGGUUCUCCUUACGUAAGGACAGUCCCAUUGAACUCAAAGAGUUUAUCAUCAGUGUACAGACUCGUGCAGGAAGUCCGGACGCGGCCAAGCUCAAUGAUCAGUCUCGUGUCCGGUUUAUGUUGGAGGUGAUAAUGGCGAUACGAAAUAACAACAUGCGGAAAAUACCAAACUAUGACCCGGAACAUCUCGAUCAUCUUAGAAAGCUCUCAAAACUCUUAUCAUACUGUGGUCAGUUUGGGGAUAACCAGUUACAUAUUUCACUGGAAGAUCUACUGAACGCUGAGGAAAAAGGAAAAUGGUGGCUGGUCGGAUCAGCCUGGGAUGGUAAACAGGUACAGCAUCAUAAUCAAGGUUCAGACAAGAUGAGUACAGUUGUAGGGAAGCUAGAGGUUAGCAGUAAACUUCAGGAGUUAGCUAGAAAACAGAGAAUGAACACAGAUAUACGCAGAAAUAUCUUCUUUGUUAUAAUGACCAGCGAGGACUAUCUGGACGCUUUUGAGAAGUUGAUACAGCUUGGACUGAAGUCGAGUCAGAGACAAGAGAUAAUUCUCGUUAUCAUGGACUGUUGUCUACAAGAGAAGAAAUAUAAUCCAUUCUACUCGUACCUGGCCCAGAAAUUCUGCGAUUAUCAUAGAACUUAUCAGAUGGCGUUCCAGUUUUGUAUAUGGGACAAGUUUAAGGAGAUUGGGAGUCUCUCGGAACACAACAGAAAUAAUUUAUCCAAACUUCUCAUCCAUCUUAUCGUAAAUAAAGCACAGUCAUUGUCAAUAUUAAAGGUAGUUUCGUUCGGAACUUUAGAGAAAGGAAUGGUGCGUUUAUUGAAACAAUUACUGACGGAUCUCUUAUUAGAACAGUCACAAUCUGAAGUAGAGGCAGCAUUUACACGUAUAGCUCAAAUUGACAAACUAAAACCCCUCAACGAGGGACUACGACUGUUUUUGAGACAUUUUCUUGUGGGUAAAAAGAGCGAGACUAAAAGUGCAAAACUUAUUGAAAGAGUUGAUAUCGUUGAUCAUUUAUUGUCCCGAGGGAAAAGUCAGGUGUUACUUUGAUGGAGGAAGAUUAUAUGUCGAAAGAGUUGACAGUGUUGAUCAUUUAUUGCAACGAUAUCGUUAGUCAUUUAUUGUCACGAGGGAAAAGUCAGGUGUUACUUUGAUGGAGGCAGAUUAUAUGUAAUCAAUAAAGCAUGUUUUUAAUCAAUUAAUUAAGGAUGCAAAUCCAGCAUGGUAAAUAUGUCUACAGACUGGUAAGUGACAUAGUGUCCUUGAAUAGCUUAAAGGAACUCCACUGAGGUUCAAAGGCGUAAAAACUUAAAAGCUUAAAAUUUGAAUUUCUUAUAUAGAUCAGCUGGGACACUUAAAACAUCAAAUGGGACAUGAUUAAUCUUGAACAAUUAUUUCCAGUCCUGUUGUGUCAAAAUACGUCAGUGAAGUCCCUUUAAGAUUUAAAUUAAAGCAGGAUGCCCCCAGAUUCAUGCUAAUUUUCCUGAAAAUUUUGAAAAUGUUUUUAAAAGUAAAAUAUUGUUAAGUGAACAAAGAAAGUAAUCUACACAUUGCAAACAGCACUUACAAUCCACGUAAAUGGAGGUAAAAAAAUACAUAAAUACCUCUUACUGCAUUAGUAACGCA